AUGGCCGAUGAAGUCUACGAUGGUGCCAUCGGCAUCGACUUGGGAACCACCUACUCCUGUGUCGCCACCUACGAGGGAAACAAUGUCGAGAUCAUUGCCAACGAGCAGGGUAGCUUUACCACCCCGUCAUACGUCUCUUUCAACGAGAAGGAGCGUUUGAUCGGUGAGGCUGCCAAGAACCAGGCCGCCAUGAACCCGCGCAACACAGUUUUUGAUGUCAAGCGAUUGAUUGGCCGACCUUUCAGUGACCCCAUCGUCAAGAAAGACAUUGAAUCAUGGCCCUUCAAGGUUGUCGAGCAGGGCAGCAACCCCAUGGUUCAGGUCGAGUACCUGGGAGAGACAAAGACUUUCUCGCCCCAGGAGAUCUCCGCCAUGGUCCUCACCAAGAUGAAGGAGAUCGCCGAGGUCAAGCUCGGAAAGAAGGUCGAGAAGGCUGUCAUCACCGUCCCCGCCUACUUCAACGACAACCAGCGUCAAGCCACCAAGGAUGCUGGUGCCAUCUCCGGUCUCAACGUCCUCCGUAUCAUCAACGAACCUACCGCCGCCGCUAUCGCCUACGGUCUUGGCUCCAACAAGAGCAACAAGGAGCGCAACGUCAUGAUCUACGAUCUGGGUGGUGGUACUUUCGAUGUCUCCCUCCUGAACAUCCAAGGUGGUGUCUUCACCGUCAAGGCUACUGCUGGUGAUACCCAUCUUGGUGGUCAAGAUUUCGACACCAACCUCCUCGACCACUGCAAGAAGGAGUUCCAAAAGAAGAACAAGAAGGACAUCUCUGGCGACCCCCGAGCUCUGCGCAGACUGCGGACUGCUUGCGAGCGUGCCAAGAGAACUCUGUCCAACGGUGCCCAGACCACAAUCGAGAUCGACUCGCUUUUCGAUGGCGAGGACUUUUUCCUCCAGAUCACCCGUGCCCGUUUCGAGGACCUGAACGCCAGGGCUUUCAGCGGUACUCUGGACCCUGUUGCCCAGGUCCUCAAGGAUGCCGGUUGUGAGAAGAGCGCUGUUGACGAGAUUGUCCUUGUUGGUGGUUCCACCCGUAUCCCCAAGAUCCAGAAGCUGCUUAGCGACUUCUUCAACGGAAAGAAGCUCGAGAAGAGCAUCAACCCCGACGAGGCCGUUGCCUACGGUGCUGCCGUUCAGGCUGGUAUCCUUUCCGGCAAGGCCACCUCCGCCGACACCUCUGACCUGCUGUUGCUGGAUGUCGUUCCUCUGUCUCUUGGUGUCGCCAUGGAGGGUAACAUCUUCGCUCCUGUCGUCCCCCGUGGCAACACUGUGCCGACUCUCAAGAAGCGUACGUUCACCACGGUUGCCGACAACCAACAAACAGUCCAGUUCCCCGUCUUCCAGGGUGAGCGUGUCAACUGCGAGGACAACACAUCCCUCGGAGAGUUCACUCUGGCUCCCAUUCCCCCCAUGCGGGCUGGAGAGGCCGUCCUCGAAGUUGUCUUCGAGGUUGACGUCAACGGUAUCCUCAAGGUCACUGCCACCGAGAAGACCUCGGGCCGCAGUGCCAACAUCACUAUCUCCAACUCCGUCGGCAAGCUUUCAUCUUCCGAGAUUGAGAACAUGAUCAACGAUGCCGAGAAGUUCAAGAGCAGCGACGAUGCUUUCAGCAAGAAGUUCGAGGCCAAGCAGCAACUCGAGUCCUACAUUGGCCGCGUCGAGGAGAUCAUCUCUGACCCGACCAUGUCCCUGAAGCUGAAGCGUGGCCAGAAGGACAAGAUUGAGCAGUCCCUCAGCGACGCCAUGGGUCAGCUCGAGCUUGAGGACUCAAGCGCUGAUGACUUGAAGAAGAAGGAGCUGGCUCUGAAGAGACUGGUAACGAAAGCCAUGUCCUCCAGAUAA